AUGAGUCAACCGAAGAUGAUUGAUACACGUGUUACUGAUGAAAAAUCAGUUGUUCGAUCUUCAAUUCCAUUACAAUCAUUAUGUCAUAUUCAUCGACCGAUUGUUUUCCUAUGGUUUGUCGCUGAAAUUUUAAUAUUUGUCUGGAAAGGUCUUGUCGGUUGGCCAUUAGAUUGGACAAUUUAUGGUUUUGAAAUCUUUGCAUUAUGUCUUACAUUAACAUUAGAAUAUAUUCGAUUGGAAUUAAUUAUCUAUGCAAAUCUUACUGAAAAUUUAUUUUAUAUCUUCAUUGGAUUUGUUGUUACAUUAAUAUCAAUUGUUACAUUUCUUUAUUGGACAAUAUGGCAAUGGCUUGUAUUAAAACUUGAAUUUGUUCUUGGUUGUACUCAACUUGUAUUUUGUUUAUUUCAAUUAAUUCUUGUACUUACAGCAGUUUUAUCUUUUUGUAAGAAACCAACAAAACAAAAGACAGCUUAA